GAAUUCCUUCAUAUUUCGAAUAAACUUCUUGUGCAUGGACCACAAGUCCCUAGGUACACAAAGGGACUUUCCCACACUAAGAACCAGUGUAUCCAUGCAAUCUAAUCUACUUUAGUAUUCUCUGAUGCUCAAAAAUCAUGGCCUCAUUGUUCACAGCUGGCUUCUUUCAAACGUUUACUUUCCCUGCCCCUGAACAAAUCUUCAUCCAUGAUGCACUCUACGGUGGACAUCUAAUCACAGAACCCAUUCUAGUCGAACUUCUCCAAUCUCCGUCCCUUCUUCGACUUCAUGGCGUCAGCCAGCAUGGUGUUACGGGCCUUUUCGGCCUCACACCGCGCGUGACCCGCCUUGAGCACUCUGUGGGCGCAUUCCUGCUCGUGCGCAAAGUCGGUGCAAGUGUUGAAGAGCAAGUCUCUGCUUUGCUGCAUGACGUGAGCCACACAGUUCUCAGCCACGUGGUGGACUGGGCGUUCUCGACUCCAGGACAGGAGAGCUUUCACGAAGUUCAUAAGAAGCGGUAUAUCAAGACAACGGAACUGCCUGAGAUUCUUACUAAACAUGGAUUCGGCAACUUGAAGCCGUUGGACGAGGAACUGUACCCGCUGGUGGAAAAGCCCGCACCGCGUUUAUGCGCUGAUCGUCUCGAUUACGCCCUCCGGGACGCAGCCGCAUUCGGCAAAAUGGACAUUGCAGAUGUACUACGUGUAUUCGCGUCUUUGAAGGCUGUCCCUAAUGCGACUGAUCCAGCUCGACAGCUUGUGCUGGAGGACUCACAGCUGGCGUUAUCAUUUGCAAGGGCCUAUGUUGCAUGUGAUAGAGAUGUUUGGGCAAACGCAGCCCACAUCGACAUGGACCAAAGGACGGGUCUGCUGAUCGGAGAUGUGAUUCAGCGAGGAGCAGUCAAGGAGGAAUCAUUGUGGAAUCUAUCAGAUAAGGACUUCUGGGAGUUGUUACGCGGCAUCGCUAAUCCGGAUGAAUUGGAAAUGAUGAAGCGGUUAGAGUCUGAAGGUAUCCCUAAGAAGGCUGAUUCAGGACUUCCCCGGGGCGCGAAGAUCCGUACGCUUGACCCAGACAUCUACCUUCCGGAUACGAAGCAAAUUUUCCCCUUGUCUACUGUGCGACCCGAGUGGGCCACCGAGGUGCAAGAAUAUAUUCAAAGCCGCCGAUCCCAGCAAGACUAAGACUGGCUGUCCUGGGAGCUAGCAGUCCGAUGCAACUUGAUUGUAGGUACUGGAAUAUACACGGUAUUCGGUACAUACUAUCUACAUCCUGCACGGAGUAUCGUUCCGUAUGCGUGGCGUAAUGCUGAAGCUUAAUAAUCAAACUUAGUAGAUUAUAGCCAGGUCAACUUCACAAUGCCACCAAAUUCAUUCAAUG